CUCUAGAUCUAGAGAUCUAGACUUAGACUAGACCAUGGAUAUACUAGAUCUAGAUCUAAAUUUUCAAAUGUCAUUAGACAAUUAAUUUUGUUUUAAGAUCUGGUCUACAUCUUGAUUCUAUUUUUAAAAAGUCUUUCAUAUUUUACAAAUAAAAUGACUUCGUCUAAGGACAAUAUAAAUAUGUAUCAAGAAAUAGAUGAUGAAGCUUUUUUGGCUGAAGAUGGAACUAAUUCACCUACUGUUCAAGCCGUCCAUUCACCACGUUGGGGACUUAAAAAGAAUCCUUGCUUUGAUUCAUCAAGACUGAUCGAACGGUCACAGUCUGAUGCUCUCCUUGUAAACUCAGAUGUUUGGAAAAUGCUGCCAGAACGUACUCCUUCUGUGGAUCAAAUCGCUAUAGAGAACAAUGUCACUGAUCCAAAGCCUAAAAUAUCUGAGAAUUCUAAAGUUUAUUUUGAUUUGUCCAAUAUUGAUUUUUCACCUUGUGACUCUGGGGACGAAGACGUUGUUAUGGCUACCACUAAUAAUAAACAUAAGAAAAAGCUGACAACUUUAGGAAAUAGGCUUUUAAUUACAUCCCGAGGCUUGGAGACGAUUCCACAAGAUUUUGAGGUGGAUGAGCCAGACUCAAGCGUAGACCCUUCAGUGGACAAAGAUGAAACUUUUGAAUCAGCCCCUGGCGACAUAACCUUCUUGCCCCCAGCUGUAGGGGAAGAGGAUGAAAACAUUGGAACGUCUGCGCUUUGUUUGAACUCUGAAGACUUUGACAGCAGUGAUGGGAGUACCUGCUUCUACACAAAGUACCCUCUACGCUUCCCCCACGGCUACUCCCUGAGCAAGUAUCGCCACAACCUUAAAUUGAGCUACCAGACUCUGUCUCAGAAACUGGAACAGCACAUCGUACAGAUGAGAGGUGAGCUAGUGUUGAUACAGGCAAUUCUAGGUGCUGACCAGACAAUGAAGAUAAAAAUUUUGGAAGACAUCCUGAAGCUGACUAAGGAGGCCUGGGAUACCCCUGUCUAUGGCAGGGACCUGGCCUACAGCCUGUGUGAUAUCAUCCGCAUGGAAGGUCUCCUGGAUCAGCUGAUUGCCAACUGCUCCAGCUCCAACAAAGAGUUGCUUCUGGCUUCUGCCAACUUACUGGAACAAGUGAUGUCCACACGUAACAGAGAAAGAGUUGCUAAGGAAGGGUUGGAGGCUGUUGUGAAAAUGACCAGAGACUAUGCUGGCGAUUUAGAAAUGGCCAAAGCUUCAACAGGAAUCUUGGAGAAUAUGUUUAAACUGUCAGAGGAGACUUGCACAAAGGUGAUCAACCUCGGAGGCCUGGAAGUUAUUCUCAAAUGGUGUCGUUGUGGUACCAAUUACUCUAUACUGCGGCGCUGUGCCAAGGCUCUGGCCAACUUAUCACUCUUUGGUGGUGCAGAGAAUCAAGAAAUCAUGUCCAAACACAAGGUUCCAGAGUGGCUCUUCCCUUUAGCUUUCAGCGAUGACAACAGUAUUCGAUACUAUGCCUGUUUGGCCAUCUCUGCCCUAGUUGCCAACAAGGAGUUAGAGGCUUCAGUGAUUAAGUCUGGUACUCUAGAUUUGGUGCUGCCUUUUAUCAACUCCAACAAGCCAUCCCAGUUUGCCCAGAGUGAUGUCACACACAAGCAAGGCAGGGAUAAAAUCUGGUUGAAACGUCUUAUUCCUUUAUUGUUCUCACGCAGGCAGGAAGCUCAAGCUUUAGCAGCUUUCCACUUUGCUAUGGAAGCAAGCAUCAAGGCAGAACAAGGAAGACAUGAGAAUCAUGCUGACAUUGUCCAACAAUUUUGUGUGCAAGAAUGUCUCAUUUCGAUUUUCCAUGAAAUAGAUGCAGUUGAACCUUUGAAGAAAAUUGCUGGCAGUCCCAACACUGUAGCCUCUAAACUAGCAGCUGAAGCCCUAAAGGUGAUAGGUGAGAAGAUCCCCCACAAGUUAUCACAGCAAGUCCCCCUGUGGACUGUGGAUGAUGUGGUCUACUGGGUCACACAGAUUGGAUUUGAAGACUAUGCCACAAAGUUUCGUGAGUCUCAUGUUGAUGGAGAUAUUCUUCUGAUACUAACAGAUGAUGACCUACACCAUGGUUUGGGAAUGGAGUCUAGUAUUGUUAGGAAAAGGUUUGCUAGAGAGCUGAAGUCUCUGAAGAUAACCGCAGACUACUCCAUCAGUGACACCACUGGCCUGGACAACUGGCUGAUGUCCAUAAACCCUGAACUGUCCCAGUACACAUACUGGAUGCUGCGACAAGGUGUUGACAAGUUUGAAAUCCGGUCGCUAUCUGAAGACGAGUUAAGAGUUGAAUGUGGUAUCCACAAUAGUAUUCAUAGACGACAGAUAGUAAAGCACAGAGAAGAGCUGACCAGUCCAGAGACUCCAAGUCUUCCCCACCAUCAUCUUCCUGCCAUUGACCCCAGCCUGAGUGUCAACCUGACCAGUUUAAGGUCCAUUGAUGUCUUCAUCUGUUACAGGAGGUCCAGUGGUUCUCAACUAGCCAGCCUCUUGAAGGUUCACUUGCAGCUGCGAGGCUUCUCUGUAUUUUUGGACAUUGACAGGCUGAGGGCAGGAAAGUUUGAUGAGAAUCUGUUGUAUAGUAUUCAGAUGUCCAGCCAUUUUGUCCUUAUAUUGACACCUGAUGCACUAGACCGUUGUCUUGGGGAUGACACCAUGGAGGACUGGGUACACAAAGAGAUAGUGGCAGCGCUAGACUCCAACUGCAACAUUGUUCCCAUUGUGGAUAACUUUGAUUGGCCUCCAAUUGAGAAGCUUCCAACUGACAUGAGAGGAGUUGUUAGAUUUAACAGUGUUAGAUGGGUUCAUGAAUACCAGGAUGCAUGUGUUGACAAGCUGGAGACUUUUCUACGCCGCGGCCGUCGACCCUCACAAGUCCUGACCACAUUGUCUCCAAUGCAUGUUAACACAUCUGAUCCACAGUUUCCUCCAGACAGCCCAUGCAAGUCCCCCAGUUUUCACAACCUGCUUGAGCUGGCCACAUCUUGACUCUCGCCUGACACUGCAAUAGAUCUUCAGAUUGAGUGAGGGCAGAAUGUGUAUGUUGUUGUUUUCAUUGUAUGACUGUUAUGUAGCUACUACUUCAAGGCAGGAUACACUUCUAGAGUUGUAUGUACCCAUACAACUGCAUGCACUUUGAUACUUGAAAAGGACAUUGACUGUUUUACUUCUACACUAUAUUAUGCUCAGUUUUUUUUGGUUUUAUUUCAAUGUGCUAAAAUGAGAAUGGAAACAACAAAAAUUUGUUUGGUAAAAGUUUGUGAAAGUUUGUUUAUUACAAAUAAAUCUUCAAUGCUGUUUUCACACUAUGAUAAAUCUUUGAGAGAGAUAAUGGCAGCACAUUUGUUACAACUGUAUCGACACAUCUCAUUAAGCAAUACAAAGUGGCAAGGCAAUUAUAUGUGUUGCCUCAUCCAAUCUGACUUGAAGUCUUGCCAUGCUAAGGCAACCAAACUAGCUAUAGCAAAGAAUUCAUAUUUUCUAUUUUAACUAGUAAGAGUUAUGUCCUUUUUUUUUUUUAAUUGACAAAUUGUCUUGUGCUUAAAGAAAGCUGAUCAAAGAUUUAAAGACAAAUACUUUGUUUGAUUUUAUUUUCAAAAUUGGACAGCUUUGUGAAAAUAUGGAUUGAAUGUAGGACAAUGUCUCAUUCAUUUAAUGCUAAUUAUUAGAUUUAUAAACCAAUCGAAGUUGAAGUUAUUCAAUUAUUGUGUAAGUUUUCCAUGGAAAUUCAAGAAUGCUUCCUGUGACAUGCUUUACAUUCCCCUUCCCUUGAACAGCUGCUUAGCUGAAGACAUAUAUGUCAGAAAUUUACUUUAUGUCAAAAUGCUAAAAUAAUGUUAGUUUUUUACAAUUGGAUGCUUGUUAAGUUUCCUGCAUGAGUAGCUUCAGGUUGUUGUGCAAUCAAAACUAAUUAAUUUAUUGACAAGUUGAUCUUUUGAUUGGCAUUUUAUGUACAUUGUAUAUUUUUAUUUCAUUAUGUGCUUGUGAAAGGAAUUCAAUGUCUCCUUACAAUUUCAGGAAUAUUUUCAUUGCUAGAAAUGUAUUUAAAGUCUCGAAAUAAAGAAGACACCUUUAUUUUACAUUCAUGACCUCUACAGAUUAUUUUCAUUUCCAUAACUACUAUUGAGUGUAUUUAAUUGAGAAACAUUCUUCACAAGUUCUAUUAAAACAGUUCACCUUACAAAAAAUUGCACAUUUAUUUAUGUUACACAUAUCAGAUACUAGCUCAAACUGAAGUAGAUAUAUUUUUGAUCUAACUCCUCGUUGAUGUUUUUAUUUUGAACAGCUCAGCACACUGAUGUCAGUUUUAUUUCAACGUUGACAACGCAUCCUUUUUAGUUCUAUACACAACAUGUGAUCAUUCUUAGGGGGAUUUGCAUAUGGAUAUUGUUUUAUUGACAUUUUAAAACUCAAUCUAAGAUAUAGAAAAAAAAUAAGUCUAGAUCUAGUGAUUGAUGUCUAUUUGUUUUCCCUCAAUCUAUCAUCUGAAUAAUCUGGUGAUGAAAAAUUGGUUGAUAAGUUUCACAUCUAUUGUUUUGUUUGACUGAAAAUUUAUUUCAUUUGUGAAACAGAUCUAAUUUUUUAAAAUUGUGAUGUGUUCUAAACUUAAUGUUUUACUAAACAAUCUUAUAUUUAAGCAUUUUUGUUGUUGUUGUUGUCAAUUUUGUCUUUUUUUUUUUCUUUCUUUAAAUUAAUUAUAUUUUAUUUUUACAAUUUGUAAACAGAGAUACUAAUUCUGUCCAGUUUCAUUCCCCAAAUGGUGCAAUUUUUUGUUAUUUGAUUCAACUUUAUCAUGUUAUAUAUUAAAAUAUUUAAUGACACAAAAUCAGCAUACAAUUUUUUUUUAAUUAAAUUUUUUUUUUCUGAUCACCCAAAAUGUCACAGUAACUUUGUGUUACAUUGUUGUGAUUCUUACAGCAUUAAUACUUUUGUCUUAAUGUAUAGCAUUGAAAUUGUAUAGUUUUGAAAUUGAAAAACAGAUUUAAUGUCUAAUAAUUAACUAAGAAUUUUGGCCAUUUGUUGAUGAUUCAAUACAUUUCAAAUGAAGUUUUAUUUGCUGUGUGCUUUGAAACAUUAUAGGCACAAAAGAUCUUAGCAAACCAUUUUUUGAGGAUAUAGUUGUUGCUAAUUUCUCUAUCUUUAGAAAUAAUCACAACUAUAUAUCUUCUAUUGACAUGUCAUGAAUAGCAUUCAAUUUUUGGCCAGGAUUUGAAUGACUCUAAUUACUAUAUUAUCAGAAGACUAAUGAAACCAUGUAAGGAAAAACUUUUAGUUUCUAGUUUAGGAUAUGCCUUCAGGUAAUGGAACUGUUAGACUAAUUUUUUAUUUUCAAACUUAGAAGUUAACAAUUAUUGUGUUUAACAUUCAUGUUGAAGUUGACCCCUUGGUGUUAACACUCAUGUUGAAGUUGACCCUCUUGGUGUUGACACUCAUGUUGAGGUUGACCCUCUUGGUGUUGACACUCAUGUUGAGGUUGACCCUCUUGGUGUUGACACUCAUGUUGAGGUUGACCCUCUUGGUGUUGACACUCAUGUUUAAGUUGACCCCUUGGUGUUAACACUCAUGUUGAAGUUGACCCUCUUGGUGUUGACACUCAUGUUGAGGUUGACCCACAUGGCAUUGAAAGUCAUUUUGACAAAGCCUCAUCACUAUUGAUCUAAUUCUGUUGAAGUUAUUUGUGGAUGACCGAGGGAUGUCCCUCCAUCUUUUUGAAGCAGUUUAGUUUCUUCAGUCACCAGAUCAGUUAACUACCAUUUACACUCAAAAGUUAAUGCACCAUUAGUGAUACACUUUUAACACUUAAUAUAUAUCUUGAGUAUUGUGAUUUUUUUUGUAACUGUAAUGUGUAUAUCUUAAGUAUUAGAAAUUCACCUCAUAUUUAUAUAUUUUUGUAAUGUUUAAAUAGGAUGCCAGAAAUCAUAUCUAAAUACAAUCAUCAUCAUUUAUCCUAUUCAUUGAAAUGUGUUUAAAGGAAUUAAUUUUAUCUAUCAUUUUUUUUCAAUUUGACUUCAUCAAAUUAAUUUCCAGUAUGACAAUCUUAAUCCCCUCAAAGCUUUGAUUAAUUAUUGUAUCUGAGUUUUACUUUAAUGUAUAAAAUGGUUGGACCUAAUGUAAAUGAAAUCCCAACAUGUUCCAGACCAAAUUUGUUUUUUAUCUUCUCCAUCAUUAAAGUCCUUUUUGGCUAUGUAGUUAUUUUUUUAAUUUUAUUUUUGAACUAGUGCAGUAUUCUCCCUUAAUAUAGCCAUUUCUUCAAGGGAAAAAAAAACCCUGAUAAAAGAGUGAGAAAUCAUAUCAUGUCAAGUUUAAUUUGUGACUUAUGUUUGUAUUUGGUUGUUAUUGUCAGUGCUACAAUGAAAGAUAAAAUCAGGAAGUUUUUUGUUCUAUUGAUCUUGAAUUGGUCUCAGUGUUUUAAUGCAAUGCUCAAUUCUUAGUUUUGUUUUGUUUUUUGUUUAACUUGGGUGAGUUCAGUGAAGACUUGUGAGUUCAGUGAAGACUUGUGAGCUCAGUGAAAACUUGGUAAGCUCAGUGACACUUGGUGAGUUCAGUGAAGACUUGGUAAGCUCAGUGACACUUGGUGAGUUCAGUGAAGACUUGUGAGUUCAGUGAAGACUUGGUGAGUUCAGUGAAGACUUGUGAGUUCAGUGAAGACUUGUGAGUUCAGUGAAGACUUGGUAAGCUCAGUGACACUUGGUGAGUUCAGUGAAGACUUGUGAGUUCAGUGAAGACUUGGUGAGUUCAGUGAAGACUUGUGAGUUCAGUGGAAACUUGGUAAGCUCAGUGACACUUGGUGAGUUCAGUGAAGACUUGGUAAGCUCAGUGACACUUGGUGAGUUCAGUGAAGACUAAGUGAGUGGAUUAAAGACUUCAUGAGUUCAGUGAAGACUUGCUGUCCUUCUCUUCACAUUUUCUUUGCUUGUCAGAAAAAAAAAGGCAAUUUUAGAAACAUAAAGAGCCAUAACAAUAGUUGAUAUGAUUCUUUAAAAGUGCUUGCAGCACACAAAUCAUUGUCAAAUAUAUUAUGUUAUCAAGAUAGAAAGUUGGUCAGUUUGUCUAAGAAUCAAACACAAGUGUGGGUACCAGAACUGUCAGGUGAAUUCUUCUAGUCUUACUAAUGUCACAUUAGUGAUUCAAACAAAGACUUUAAAUAUUGAUUACUACUGUACCAUCAUGUACCAAUAUAUUCAACUAUAAUAAGGAGAUAUUUACUUGACCAGCUCUAGCAAUCAUUACAUUGUGAAAAGUGGGAGUUGGCUGAACAAGUUGGCUGAACAAGUCUGUAUCAAAGUUUUUACCCAACAACUUUUUCUUUUUUUUUUAUAAUACAGUUAUAAUUUAAUAUUUUAAAAUGAUUGUAUUAACUUUUGUUCUUGUCAUAUCAUUGAAUUCCAUAUUAACCAGUUUAUUGACACCCUUCCUAUUUAAACAGUUUCUCUCGCACUUGAACUAUUUGUAUUGACAUUGUUGUUGUUGUUGUGGCACUGGAAUUACAAAUUGUAAUGAAUACUUGGGAUGGCUGUUGCAUUAGAAAUAGAUCAUCAUUUUUGUUAUAAUCUCUAAUGUUAUAAAGAAGAAAAGAUCUGAUAUAAAAUUUCAUUUGACUUAAGACAAGCCUGUGUGUAUGUGUGGCCAGAGGGGGUGGGGCAAGAGGAUGAAUUUCAUUAGUUGAAGAUGAAUUUUUAGAACUCUCCUAGUAAAGAGGGAAAAAACAACAACAGCUAAACUAAGGUGACUGAUUUUCUUUCUAUUUGAAAAGUUUCUCUAAGAGAAGCAAGUCACUUCUUAUUGAUGCUGAUUUAUUCAUACAGAAAUGUCUGGCAACAUUGAGUGUCAGCUAGAGAUUUCUGACUUGUUAUUUUAGAUUGUACUGGUUUAGAAAUCGUUUCACUUCCCAUAUACACAUAUGAAUUGUUCCGUCUGCUGCCUAACAGAAACAUUUAAAAUAUUUUUUUUGAGUAAAUUUUGAAUGAAAUAUUUAUACAAUAUUUUUGUCCACUUUGCAAGUUUAAGCUUUUUACCUGUUGUUGAUUUGUAUGUGUGAAUGGCUUGUACAAGCUGUGUCAUUUUAUACCAAAGAAUUUCUAACACAAAGAUCUCUUUGUAGUUGAUGAUCAGCCUUUAAUAGUUAAGCAACUUUUUUAUUAGGGCUAUUUCUAUCUACAUUUGCUAUUAAGCUACCCAAGUUAAAACAUUAACAUUAGAGCCAAAUAAUAGAAUUAUAACUUAAUAAGAUGAAGCAAUUAUUUUUUUGGUUGUUUAGAUUUGUAAAACUUUAAAUCACUCAGAUCAGAAAUGAAUGCAAGCAGUGAUUCUAAAGUAAAAACUUAUUGCAUUCAAUGACUUCACAUUUUCUGUACACUAUUUGUUAUCUUAGUUUUCAGUUGACUUUAGAAGGAAAUAAAGGAAAAGAAAAAAUUCAAAUUUGACUGUUACUUUUAACCACUGUUUAGUAUUGCAAUGUUUUGUUUAUGAUUAAAUUUGUAAAAAUUCUAACAUUUGUGACAUCAAUUACAAACAUUUAACCAGAAUUAAAUUCUGUUGUUUUUUU